AACAUGAAAAUUAUUACACAUUAUCCAAAUUAUAUAUCUUUUCUUUUUCCUACAGUUUUCAUACUUUUUUUUUUUUUGCUCUUUCUGAUUUAUCAUCUGUUUUGAAAAAUAAUUAUAAAAAUUAUAUUAGACACAAAAACCUACCAAACAUAUAAAUACUCAAAGCCCAAGUCUUCUAUAUCAAGCAUUCAAACCAAAGAAUAAGAAUUUCAGAGAGAGGCAGAGAUCACCUCAGAUGAUGCAGAUUGAGAUCAGAGAGACUGCAAUGGCGUAGUGGUGUGGUUCGACAGAAGUUUCAUCAAGCAUUUAAACCAAAACCAAGAGCAAAAAUAUACAAAGGGCAAAUCUUUCUUAUUAUAUUUCAGGAAAAUUCUCCAAAGUAAAGCCUCGAGUUCUGAGCUAAGACCUUCAUUUCAUGGAUGAACUCCAGAUGGGUCUUCCUCAAUCUUAACUCUCAUUUACCAUCUUGGGUUUCUUCAGUCAUCAAAGUUUACGAAAACCCAUCUCCACAAACCUCAAGAUUUAUCCUCAAUCAUGUCGAUACAAGCCGCCUCCUUUCCCAUGGUGGUGGGAAAGAAGGUCAUUUUUAUCUGGGUUCUUCCAUUCAUGCUUCUAUGAUCAAGAUCUCUGAUUUUUUUUACUCGGAGAAUGGUGAUAUUUUACGUAAUGCUCUUGUGGUUUGGAAUUCUCUACUCUCUUCUUACUCAAAACGUGGUGACAUGUUGGAUGCUCUUACACUGUUUGAUGAAAUGCCUAUGAAGGAUACAGUUUCAUGGAAUACAAUGAUUUCGGGGUUUCUAAGAAAUGGGCAGUUCCAAAUGAGUUUUGGGUACUUCAAACGAUUGCAUGAAUGGGAAUUUCAGAGAUUUGAUAAAGCCUCUUUGACUACCAUUUUGUCAGCAUUAGAUGGACCAGAGUUUCUUGAUAUGAAUAAGAUGAUACAUGGCUUAGUUAUUAGAAGUGGAUAUGAGCUGGAAACUACGGUGGCAAAUUCUUUGAUAACAUCAUAUUUUAAAUCUUGUUGUUUAAGUUCAGCAAGACAAGUUUUUGAUGAGAUUUUUGAGAGGAAUGUUAUUACAUGGACGGCUAUGAUCUCAGGUCUUGCACAGAGUGAAUUGUUUGAAGAAAGUUUCAAAUUGUUUGUGAUGAUGCGCAAUGGAACUGUGGAUCCUAAUUCUUUGACUUAUUUGAGCUCACUUAUGGCAUGUUCUGGUCUUCAGGCAUUAAAUGAAGGUCGUCAAAUUCAUGCCCUUUUAUGGAAACUAGGAAUUGAAUCAAACUUGCAUUUGGAGAGUGCACUGAUGGACCUGUACACCAAAUGCAGUAGUAUGGAAGAUGCAUGGCAGGUUUUCGAGUCUGCAGAAGAACUUGAUGAAGUUUCCUUGACUGUUAUUCUUGUGGGUUGUGCUCAAAAUGGGCUUGAGGAAGAAGCUAUACAAAUUUUUAAGAAAAUGGUGAAGACAGGGAUAAAAGUCGACCCAAAUAUGGUUUCAGCAGUUCUUGGAGUUUUUAAUGUUGAUACUUCUCUAGGUCUAGGGAAGCAAAUACACAGUGUAGUGAUUAAAAAGAAUUUCACUUUCAAUCCUUAUGUCAACAAUGGUCUUAUAAAUAUGUACUCCAAAUGUGGAGAGUUGAAUGUGUCAAUCAAAGUCUUCAAUGAGAUGCCUCAGAGGAACCCAAUCUCAUGGAAUUCCAUGAUUGCAGCCUUUGCUCGUCACGGGGACGGCUUUGGAGCACUACAAUUGUAUGAAAAGAUGAAAUUUGAAGGUGUGCAGCCGACCGAUGUUACAUUUUUGUCUCUGCUUCAUGCUUGCAGCCAUGUAGGAUUAGUUGAAAAAGGCAUGGAGUUCCUGAAUGUCAUGGCUAAAGAUUAUGGUUUGAGUCCAAGAGCAGAGCACUAUGCUUGUGUAGUUGACAUGUUAGGCCGGGCCGGACUUCUCAAGGAAGCUAAAGAUUUUAUUGAAGUCUUACCAGAAAAUCCUGGUCCUCUAGUUUGGCAAGCACUACUUGGUGCUUGUAGUUUUCAUUCUGAUUCUGAAUUGGGUAAAUAUGCUGCUGAGCAAUUGGCUAUGGCUGCUCCUGACAGUCCAGCACCAUAUGUUUUGCUGGCCAAUAUAUAUUCCUCAGAAGGGAAUUGGAAAGAGAGAGCAAGAACAAUUAAGAGAAUGAAGGAAAUGGGAGUUGUAAAAGAAACAGGUAUUAGUUGGAUUGAGAUAGAAAAAAAAGUCCACAGCUUUGUUGUUUGGGAUAGAUUGCAUCCAGAUGUUGAGAUCAUUUAUGGGGUUUUAGACCAACUAUUUAGACUCAUGACAGAUGAGGGAUAUGUCCCAAAUAAGAGAUUUAUUCUCCAUUGUUUGGAUCAAGAUGAAAAUAGAUAGACAAUGUUUACUAGACUUAUACAGGAUUGUAGUUUUGUUUGUGGCAAAAAUGAUAUAAUAUUCAUAUUGGAGUAUUUGGUUUUGAGUUAUAAGAUUGUAUAUGUAUACAUAGAGAAAGCUAUAUAAUUUGCCUAAUCUCACUGUUUAUACUGUUCCAAAUGUGAAUAUUUGAUUGCAGUAAAAAUGUAAAGAUGUAUAUUUCAUGAUCUUUCAGAGAAUGUUAAAAAAUAUUCAUUUGCUAAUUGAGUAAAAGCUAAGGGAAACAUAUUAAAUGAA